AUGUUUGCCUUGUCAGGAGUACAACCCGGUCACCGCAUCCAAUCAUUUGCGGAAGCGAAACGGCUGGAUCAAAUGAACGAGCGUAUGCCGCCUUCGAUGGCUACACCACCGCCAGGCCAGUCGCCCUCAUCGUCACCGCAGCCUCGUGCGCGUAACGGACCGGACGCGUAAGC